AUGUCCCCUGUUCCAGAAGCCAUCCUCCGCGCCCUCUCCCUGCCAGAUCCAUCCAAAGUCCAACUCUCCGGCCUAGGCUCCGGCUUCACAAGCACAGGCGCAAUCCGCGCGCAAGUCCCAAGCAAAAACGGAACCCCAGAAGAACGGCGCUACUUCGUGAAAACCUCCGCAAAUGGCCAAGUCGCUUCAGAAAUGUUCCGAGGCGAAUACAUAUCCCUAAACGCAAUCGCCUCCUCCGUGCCCGGCUUCUGUCCGCGCGCUUUAGCCUGGGGCGCCGUCGACGAAGAAAGCAGCAAACCAAAGAACUUCUUUCUGGUAACCGAGUUCCUUGAUCUCGGUGGUGCGAUGGGUCGGAGUAGCGGCGACGAAACUACACCCACGAGCUUGGCGCAUCGUCUGGGCAAAUUACAUACUACACCUGCGCCUGCGGAUCCGGAGACGGGACGGCGCAGAUUCGGGUUCCCUGUUCCGACGUUCUGUGGUGAUACGAAACAACCUAACAAGUUUCAUGAUAGCUGGGCCGAUUUCUACGCGAAUGAGCGUCUACUUACUAUUCUCGCGACGAGUGAGAAGCGGAAUGGGCGCGACGCGGGCUUGCGGGAGCUCGUUGAGAAGACGGCGGGUCAAGUUGUGCCGCGAUUGCUCGGUGAUGAUCAUCUAGGAUAUAACUCGCGCGGCGAAGGGGAGGGAAUUGUUCCUGUGGUCGUGCAUGGGGAUCUAUGGGGUGGGAACGCAGAUCGGGGCAGAAUUGUGGGUAAUGGAGGUGAUGAGAAGCCUGGAGACGUGGUUUAUGAUGCCUGUGCAGUUUAUGGGCAUAGUGAGUUUGAGUUGGGCAUCAUGCAUAUGUUUGGUGGGUUUGGGUCGAGGUUUUUCGAACAGUAUCAUCGUAUUGUGCCGAAGACUGAGCCUGUGGAGGAGUAUGAUGAUCGGGUGCGAUUGUAUGAGCUGUGA